CUUCCCCGAAAGCUGGAGAGGCAAGUGGUUCCAGAACGGACUCGGUAACGUAGAAAUCACGGCCCACGCCAUCUCGCACAUUGGCCACUGUAAGAGUUACGAUGGUCACAAAAAAUAUCUCCUCCUCAACAGGCCGGACAUGUGUUUCAUCUGUUUGGUGUUCACCCCUCAGCAUCAUAAUCUGGUUCAGUACAAGCAGAGUUUCUGUGUCCGAUCAGAUCGUAUUGAAGAAGUUUGUGACAUGAUUACAGGGGAUUUUAUUUUAAAUACAAUGGUCAAAGUUCCAGGUGUGCCGAUACCGUGUCCAUUCCAAGGACAUUACAGUUUUUCCUACACCAACGGAAGUGAGGUCAAAUGUGACGACCCGCCUUCCAGCUUCCAGGCAUGCGCAGACAGUUCCAGAUUUUUAUUUCAUCACCGGAAGUGCCACAAUGUCGGCAACACCAAUGAUAAAAUUGAGUCCUUCCAGUGUCUUGCCACCUGGGACAACGGAGUCGACCAUUAUUUGUACGGUCGUUUUACAGGACCAGCUCUUACAACCAAAGAGAGCCAGUAUCGAUGCUUU